AUGUCGGGAUCAACGCCAUUCACGGCUCGUUCGCCAACGCAGUCGAACCAGUAUCCACCAUAUUCACCAUCUCAUUCAAAUCGCCCCUACUAUGGUCACGAACCCUACCAAAUACCUCCACCUCAACAUCUCACGCAAACACCUCCGCCAUUUCCACCCGCCUCUUUGGUACACAGCCCUCAUCAACAUCGUCAACCAACAUUGGCAUCACCCUUGCCUGCAUCAAAUGCUCUGCCGCCUCCACCUCCCCCAGUCGGCAACGUGCCUGGUUAUCUACAGCAAUUGACCUCGAGUCCACCAUUCGCACUUCAGAGAAGCUACCAAGGACACCUUCCUCCUCCUAACAUGCCUCCACAGUAUGACGGUGCUCCUUCGCACGCACACCCUCCUGGUCCUUCGGCUCCUGGACUGCAAUCGCCCAUAAGAAGCCACCACAAUCUGAGCAACGGCAGGCCGACUGACAACCUUCAUCCAGACUCGCGUCCUCAGUCCAAAGAGGUACAUUUUUACGCUCAAUCUAAGCCUGAUCGAGCGAGCAACCCCAUGUCCUUCGCGAGCAUAUUAGGUCCUUCAAACAAUGAGCCAGCCUCGAAGCCUGUGGAGUCGAAGCCUCCAGGACCCAUAACGCCGCCGCCAAAGCCUGUGGGUGAAAGCAAAAUCUCACCUGAAGAGUCACUCGUUGUCAAACAGCCAUCAUUCGACUCAUCCCAACCUCUAACAAACGGUGAUGUGAAGUCUGCAGCAAAAGCAGACACGGUUCAAGUGGCGAGGAAGUUUGAUGCUCCUGCCAAACCACGGACAAUGUUGACUGAGCGGGAGGCCGAUAAAGUCCUGAAAGCACUUGCCGGGGUCGAUGAUAGUCAGCUCAGUGACGUGGAAGAAGUUGGUUUCUAUGAACACAAAGAGCGGUACAAGCAACGAAGCAGAAAGCGAGCUGCAGAAGUUGGUGAGGCAGAACUGCGCAAGCGCAAGCGCCGGCGAGAGUAUACUCUGGACUCCUUGAUCAAGCCUUUCGAGUCGCACGCCAUCAGCGCUGCCCAGCGUUUCCGCGAACAGGUCGAACCGAUUGCUGCUAAAGAGAUUGCGGACAAAGAUAUUGCAAGCGAAAAAGAACGCAAAAAAGACAUGCAAAGAAAGCGACGCCGUGAACAACAAAUCCGCAAUGAAAGAGAAAAGCUAGAGGAACUUGAAGAGCGGGCGCGAACCGCAGAAGAUCCAGAAGAUGCACAGAAGUACCUUAAGCAGGUCGAAAAGUCUCAAGCUCGUAUCAGACAAACUGCAGAGCUUCUCGAGGGUGUUCCAUCGCAGGAAGACUUGGAGGUUUCAGCUCCCGCUCCGAACUAUGAAGGCGGUAUCACCUCGUCCUUCCAGAUUGGCUCUCCUGAGCCUGGAGAGCCACCCAAGAAGAGAACUAAGAAAGAGCCCGGCGCUCCGUCUGCUCGUCUGAAGAAAUCGAAAGAGAAAAAGCAGGCAGAGAAAGACAAGGCAGAAGCAGCGUACGCCGCGAUGGAAAGAGACGCACUGAUCAACAUUGCUCCUAAAGACGAAAGCCCACUUGAGCCUGUCACCAAAGGCAAAAAGUCGAAAGCAAAGAACAAAGACAAGGAGAAGGAGGAAGAAGAAGAAGUUGCCGCUGCUCAAGGGGUCAAUUACGAUUCCAAAGGCUACAACCAGAUCUACGAACAGAUUUGGAGAGAUCUUGCUAGGAAGGAUAUACCCAAGGUCUACCGGAUCAAGCAAGUCUCACUCAGCACGAAACAAGAGAACCUGCGCAAGACCUCAAUUCUGGCUAGCAAGCAAGCGCGCAAAUGGCAAGAGCGUACCAACAAGAGUAUGAAGGAUACUCAAGCACGGGCCAAACGUGUUAUGCGUGAAAUGAUGUCCUUCUGGAAGCGCAACGAGCGAGAAGAACGAGAUCUUCGACGCAUGGCAGAGCGUAAGGAGAUCGAAGAUGCGAAGAAGGCUGAAGCAGACCGUGAAGCCAAUCGACAGAAGCGGAAACUCAACUUUCUCAUCUCACAGACUGAACUGUACUCGCAUUUCAUCUCGCGAAAGAUCAAAACCGACGAGGUGGAGCGGGCAACUGAUGAUCCUGAGACUGCCGCUACUGGCGAGAAGCCUCAUGCACGAAACCGUGACAUGGACGAUAUAGCCUUGUCCAACGAACAUGGAAACCACAAGGUCACCAAUAUUGAAGAUCUCGAUUUUGAUGUCGAUGAUGACUCUGCCUUGCGACAAGCGGCAGCCGCCAACGCCGCGAGCGCUCUGCAAGACGCACAAGACAAAGCCCGAAACUUCAACGGCGACGACCCUAUGAAUCAAUUUGAUUCCAGCGACAUGAACUUCCAGAAUCCCACCAUGGCUGGAGACGUACAGGUCACCCAGCCCAAAAUGUUGCAGGCUCAACUCAAAGAAUACCAGCUCAAAGGUCUCAAUUGGCUGGUCAAUCUUUACGAGCAGGGCAUCAACGGUAUCCUGGCCGACGAAAUGGGUCUGGGCAAGACAGUACAGUCUAUCUCCGUGAUGGGAUAUCUUGCAGAGCAGCACAACAUCUGGGGCCCUUUCUUGGUCAUUGCACCAGCUUCUACACUGCACAACUGGCAGCAAGAGAUUACCAGAUUCGUGCCUUCGAUUAAAGUCCUUCCAUAUUGGGGCAGUGCAAAGGAUCGAAAGGUCCUGCGCAAGUUCUGGGAUCGGAAGCAUGUUACCUACAACAAAGAUUCCGAGUUUCAUGUUCUUGUCACCUCAUAUCAACUUGUCGUCAUGGACGCCCCGUACUUCCAGAAAAUCAGAUGGCAGUACAUGAUUCUUGACGAGGCACAAGCCAUCAAGUCAUCAAGCAGUUCGCGGUGGAAGACUUUGCUAGGGAUGCAGUGUCGAAACCGUCUUCUUCUCACCGGUACACCAAUCCAGAACAACAUGCAGGAAUUGUGGGCACUGCUGCACUUUAUCAUGCCUACUCUUUUCGACUCCCAUGACGAAUUCAGCGAUUGGUUCUCCAAAGACAUCGAAAGCCAUGCCCAGAGUAACACAAAGUUGAAUCAAGACCAGCUUAAGCGGCUGCAUAUGAUUCUCAAGCCUUUCAUGUUGCGUCGUGUCAAAGCUCAUGUUCAGAAAGAACUGGGUAACAAAAUAGAGGAAGAUGUCUUCUGCGAGCUUACGUACCGACAGCGUGCGUACUAUGCAAACUUGCGGAGCAAGAUCAGUAUCAUGGAUCUGAUUGAGAAAGCAACGCUGGGCGACGAUCAGGAUACGGCCACACUGAUGAACCUGGUGAUGCAAUUCCGGAAGGUCUGCAAUCAUCCCGAUCUUUUUGAAAGAGCCGACACCAGUUCACCUUUCUCGAUGUCCUAUUUUGCCGAAACAGCCUCGUUUCUCCGCGAAGGUUCAUUCGUUCAAGUUGGCUAUUCGGUGCGCAAUCCCAUUCAGUAUGAUCUACCACGAGUCCUGUGUAAUGAUGUUGGCCGCCUUGACAUUGCUGGUCCUAGCAACGUCCGGGCUGGUUUUCAUCGAGCCGGUUUUCGGAAGGACGCCCUGGGCGGACUGUUGAGGAUCUGGACACCCGAAAACAUCAAGAAGUCUACUGAGAACGAUGGGGCCUUUUCGUUCCUACGCUUUGUAGACACCUCUGUUGGUGAAGCUGCUGCAGCUGCUGACUACGGUCUGUUUGAACGAGCAAUCAAGCUGAAGAAGCAGCACAGACGAACAUUGCCGGUAUACGAGGAUGUCGAGCCAAAGCCUCCUGCACAUGCCAUGUUCAACAUUGUUGAGAACACACCUCGGAAGCUGCUUGCGGAAGUUGAUCUGAAUUCUCCUCUGGCGCGGCUGUUCAACAUCUCUGGAGAAAGUAUCGAGGACCAGGGAUAUUCUGUCUUCGAGCCAGCUGCUUUACCCAAAGCUUUGGCUCCGCCCAUUGAGGUCAGUGCCUUUGACCAAUCUUCACUGGCCGAGCGGCAGUCGACCAUGUUCAACAUGAAUGUGAGGGGCACACUUUAUCCACUUGAGGAAAGUCUCGAAGAAAAGCUGUUGAACCAAGAUGUGGAUCCUGAGCACUUCCCAUUGUCUGAGUUGCUACCUCAACCAGAAUCGCGAAAGGCCAAGUACACCCACAUAUCUAUCCCGUCGAUGCGCAGAUUUGUUACGGAUUCCGGCAAGUUAGCCAAAUUAGACCAACUUCUUCGCCAACUCAAGAAUGGCGGCCAUCGGGUGUUGCUCUACUUCCAGAUGACACGUAUGAUCGAUCUCAUGGAAGAGUACCUCACCUACCGCAAUUACAAGUUUGUUCGAUUGGACGGCAGCACCAAGUUGGAAGAUCGACGAGAUACUGUACAUGACUUCCAGACAAGACCAGAGAUCUUCAUCUUCUUGCUGUCCACACGUGCCGGUGGGUUGGGUAUCAACUUGACCUCUGCUGACACUGUCAUCUUCUACGAUUCUGACUGGAAUCCGACUAUCGACUCGCAAGCCAUGGAUCGAGCGCACAGAUUGGGUCAGACCAGGCAAGUCACAGUGUACCGUCUCAUUACCCGUGGCACAAUCGAGGAGCGGAUCCGAAAGCGUGCGAUGCAGAAAGAGGAGGUCCAACGUGUUGUCAUCACUGGAGGUGACGGUGCUGGCGUCGAUUUCAACACGCGAGACCGACGUGAAAACCGAACCAAAGACAUUGCAAUGUGGCUUGCCGACGAUGAUCAAGCUGCACUCAUCGAGCAAAAGGAGAAAGAAAAUGCCGAUAAACCGGAAGACGAGAGUACGAAAAAGAAGAGCAAGAAAGCACAAGCAGCAGCCGCCAGCAAGAAGCGCAAGAUGGAAAUGAGUCUGGACGAUAUGUACCAUGAAGGCGAGGGACAUUUUGAAGGUGAAUCGUCCAAACCGUCAGGUGCAGCCACACCUGUCAGUACUCCUGAGACACCUGAACCCAAACGUGGCCCUGGUUCUCGUGGUGGUAAGGGAGUGAGUAAGAAAGCCAAGACGGCCAAACAACGUCUCGCCAUUAUCGAUGCUGAAGGUGAUUUGGGAAUGGGUGGUGGUAUGUGAGGAAGUCGUUUGAUUCUGGACGGGAAACCUCGAUUUUGCUUUGCAGAGGGGAAGCCGACGUGCAAAGAACGUUCACAUCAUUGCAUUCAUGUAAAUUAUGGAUUAUGGGUGAUUGUUAUUGUGAUUUGCCGCAAAAAGCAAUGCGGAUGGGAUGAUAGAUGCAUGCAUGGUCUUUGCGGUCUGACUUGUGCAUACAGCAUUGCAUACUGGAAGCGGCCUAGGAGGGUCCAGGGUCAAUGGACUGGGCUGGGUUGUUGCCAAUGCCUACAAAAUGGGCGUGCGUUAUGGUGUGCUUUUAAUCCUACGAAAAUCAAUGAGGGAACCUGAGUUCAAGGUAGACUUUGGGGAGACAAUGAACAGACAUUUUGAUAUGAUCGUGGCUUCAUACCCGUACGAAGUGCUCGUACUGAUUACUUGAGGGUUGCCUAUGUAGAAAGUCUUGUUCAUUGCACGCCAGUCGUG